GAGCGAGAAGAAAUAGAAAAAUUAAAAUAAUAUAAGGGUUGGAUAUCGAUCGCUGCUGCAUUGGACGGACGGAAAAUACGAAAGGAAAAAACGAGAAUUAAAAUCUUUUGGUGCCGCAAAUCGAGAGAAAUAUAGCUUUUUUACAUUUUUUCUCUUAACUUAUAUUAGUUUAAGUUAUCUAAACUAAGUGAUAAGCAAGGAAGUGAGUUGUUUAUCAAUGUAAUUGUAAAGAUAAAUAAGUACUUAAAUUUCAGUGCGUCACACUGAAAAUUUUUUCCCGAUAUAAAAUUGAGAAUUUUGCAAUGUUCUAUUUAGAGAUAAUUGCACUAAUCCUCAUCAUCAUCUUACUCUACGAGACUUCAAAUUCAUUGAAGUACUAUCUCAAAUUUGGUAUUUAUUACGGCGGUGUCAUCUUAAAUAGCUUUCUACUUUUCCCAUACUUCCUUACGCGACCUAAUAACGUUUUAAAUUUAUUAACUGCUAGCAAAUUUUGUUGUCAUAUAUCUAAGUUAAUUGGCCUUACAUGGAUUCUACGAGGUGGCGAACAUCUACAAAAGGAUCAAGCAUGUGUUAUUAUAUGCAAUCAUCAAAGUUCUUUAGACAUACUGGGAAUGUUUGACAUUUGGCCUGUGAUGAAUAAGAUGACAGUGGUGGCUAAACGUGAAUUGCUUUAUGUUUUUCCUUUCGGCUUUUGUGCGUACUUGUGUGGACUUGUGUUCAUAGAUAGAUAUGCAGUCGAUAAAGCAAAGAAUACGCUAAAUACUGCUAUGGAGGUUUUGAAAAUAAAUAACAUCAAGUUGUGGGUGUUUCCUGAAGGAACAAGACGGAAUGAGGGAAUAAUUCAUGACUUCAAAAAAGGAGCAUUCAAUGUAGCUAUACAAGCUCAAGUUCCAAUAGUUCCAGUCGUCGUGUCAUCUUACAAACAUUUUCUUAAUGAGAAACAGAAAAUAUUUAAUUCAAGUGAAAUUAUAAUCGAAGCUUUACCUGAAAUAUCAACCAAAGGCUUAUCACACAAAGAUAUUAAUAACUUAAUGCAAAAAUGUAGGCAACUAAUGAUUGAAAAAUAUAAUGAAUUAACAAAUGAGAUUAAGACAACUAAUCCUCAUACUCUAUUGAACGUGUAUAACAACUUAAAACGGAAUACAAUGUCAUUAACGCACUAGUCAUUUUUUAAAUAUGAUUUUAAUAGAAACAAAAGGAGAACGAUAUUGAAGCAUAGCAAAACAGUGGAUAUCAAUUAGAUAGAUAUCGCAAAAAUGAAUUGUAUUUGAUGAACAGGAUUAUGGACUUUAAUAUUAAAUCAUGAUCACUUAAAAAAUAUUCUAUUUAGAUAAGGAGGAAUAAGAGUAAAAAGCAUUAGAAUAUAUGGUGUGAUCAAAAAGUUGGUUUUGAACGGAGUAGGUACACUUUUUUGGAUUAAGAAACCUUAGCAAAAUGAUGAAAUUGUUGCUGUUUGUCUCCCAUAUUCCUCCGUCCUGCAUUUGCUCCUGAUUCUCAAUGAUUGUUAAAAAAAAUUUAAUUCCAUGUGUUAAACAAAAACGAUUUGAGUUAUAAAAAAAUAUUAAUCUGCAGCUUAAAAUCUUUACCUUUAAAAAGUAAAGAAAUUGAUUUAGGGUAAACGCUUUUGAAAAUUGCACACUUUUGAAACUUGCACACUGAU